CCGAUCACGGCUGGCAUGAUGUGCCUGGAAUGCGCCUCGGCGGCGGCGGGCGGCGCGGAGGAGGAGGAGGCGGACGCGGAGCGGCGGCGCCGGCGCCGAGGGGCGCAGCGAGGGGCUGGCGGUAGCGGUUGCUGCGGGGCGCGGGGCGCGGGCGGCGCUGGAGUCACGGCCGCCGACGAUGAGGUGCAGACCCUGUCGGGCAGCGUGAGACGGGCCCCGUCCGGACCCCCCAGCACCCCUGGCACCCCCGGCCGCGCAACCGCUGCCAAGGGCCCCGGCGCGCAGCAGCCCAAACCGGCCAGCUUGGGCCGUGGGAGGGGGGCAGCCGCCGCCAUCCUCAGCUUGGGCAACGUGCUCAACUACCUGGACAGGUACACCGUGGCAGGCGUCCUUCUGGACAUCCAGCAGCACUUUGGGGUCAAGGACCGAGGUGCCGGCUUGCUGCAGUCAGUGUUCAUCUGCAGCUUCAUGGUGGCUGCCCCCAUCUUCGGCUACCUGGGUGACCGCUUCAACCGAAAGGUGAUCCUCAGCUGUGGCAUCUUCUUCUGGUCGGCGGUCACCUUCUCCAGCUCCUUCAUCCCCCAGCAGUACUUCUGGCUGCUGGUCCUGUCGCGGGGGCUGGUGGGCAUUGGUGAGGCCAGCUACUCCACCAUUGCGCCCACCAUCAUCGGUGACCUCUUCACCAAGAACACACGCACACUCAUGCUGUCUGUCUUCUACUUUGCCAUCCCACUGGGCAGUGGCCUGGGCUACAUCACUGGCUCCAGCGUGAAGCAGGCAUCUGGAGACUGGCACUGGGCCUUGCGGGUGUCCCCUGUCCUGGGCAUGAUCACAGGAACACUCAUCCUCAUUCUGGUCCCUGUCACUAAGAGAGGCCAUGCCGACCAGCUUGGGGGGCAGCUGAAGGCACGGACCUCGUGGCUCCGUGACAUGAAGGCCCUGAUCCGAAACCGCAGCUAUGUCUUCUCCUCCUUGGCCACGUCAGCCGUAUCCUUCGCCACAGGGGCACUGGGCAUGUGGAUCCCGCUCUACCUGCACCGCGCCCAAGUUGUGCAGAAGACUGCAGAAACGUGCAGCAGCCCACCCUGUGGGGCCAAGGACAGCCUCAUCUUUGGGGCCAUCACGUGCUUUACGGGCUUUCUGGGCGUGGUCACGGGUGCAGGAGCCACACGCUGGUGUCGCCUGCGGACCCAACGGGCAGACCCGCUGGUGUGCGCUGUGGGCAUGCUGGGCUCUGCCAUCUUCAUCUGCCUGAUCUUCGUGGCCGCCAAGAGCAGCAUCGUGGGGGCCUACAUCUGUAUCUUUGUCGGGGAGACGCUGCUGUUUUCUAACUGGGCCAUCACCGCGGACAUCCUCAUGUAUGUGGUCAUCCCCACCCGACGGGCCACCGCGGUGGCCUUGCAGAGCUUCACCUCCCACCUGCUGGGGGACGCUGGAAGCCCCUACCUCAUCGGCUUUAUCUCGGACCUGAUCCGCCAGAGCACCAAGGACUCCCCGCUCUGGGAGUUCCUGAGCCUGGGCUACGCCCUCAUGCUCUGCCCCUUCGUUGUGGUCCUGGGGGGCAUGUUCUUCCUCGCCACCGCGCUCUUCUUCCUCAGCGACCGUGCCAAGGCUGAGCAGCAGGUGAACCAGCUGGUGCUGCCACCCCCCUCCGUGAAGGUCUGAGGCGGUGCCACUGGGACAAUGAAGAAGCUAUGCUCCUACCCAGUCUGGCAGAUGUCCUCUGGCAUCCUGGACCCACUGGACUGUCCCAAAGCUUUGUGUAUGACCCACGGCUGGGCGCCCACCCUCUCUGGCCUGGGGCUGCUGAGUGGCUCUGGCUCCAAGAAGCAGCUGUGGCCUCAGCUAACUGGGAAGGCUGUAUGUGUUGGAGCCACGCAGCUGGACAGACUCCCAGCCCUGGGUUUGGGCUGC